UAAAUAGGCCCUUACACUGAGGAAAUGCUGCUUUACGCAUUCACUAAAAUCAUGAGGUGCAUUUUACCUGUGGGUGUUGUGACACCAAAUUUCCUGGCUGACCCUCUCCAGAGUCACCUAAGAAGCUCAAUAAAAAACAAAGAGUAAAUGAGUUUUGAAUAUUUUCUUAAAUACCAUUUUAUAUUCUUAAGUCUAGAGUGAAGAACACAAAAAAUUUCCUUCCUUUCAACAUUCUCUACAUUCUGAGCCAGUCUGUGUUGUCAGAACAGAGCCAAAGGCUGGAGGAGAGGUAGUUGGAAGCCAUGACCAUGUUAGACUCCACAUCAGACACAUUAUGUGCCUUUGUUUCUCUAACUCAUAUAACCAUCCCUUGAAAUGUGCAUUACUGUGGUGGCCAUUUUGCACAUGAGGAAACCAAAGGCUGAAGAGAUUAGGAGUCUAGCCCAAGGCCAGCAGUGUUGGAACCACUGCUAAGACAUACUGGCGUCUGACUCCAAAGUCCAUGCUUAGAGACUUCAAGGUUUCAAACAAACAGCAGCACGUGAUAGAACAUCACAAAUGAAAGCACACUGUGUUCACCCCAUCAAGGUGAGUAUAGUACACCUUUCCUUCUUGGGGGAGGAGGAUGGCAGAGUCAAACUCAGGCAGGAGCUCUGAGAACUUGCCAAGCUUUCCUGUCUCAUUCUGUCCCUGGUAAACCAUGGCAGGGUGGGGAGGGGCACCGACGGGGGUGUGGGGCACCUGACCUCAGCAGCUGCUGAUUUCCUCCACUCCUGGGGGUAGAAGGGGGAAGCUCGCUCGCCAAGGCAACUAGUGGCCUAGGAAACACAUUAAGAACACACGCGGUCCUGACUGCCGGCUGGCCAGGGCCUUUGCAAUCAUCAGUGACCAAAACCACCAGUGUGUUUCUGAGAUCAUUUGCCUGUUUCUUGAUCCUCUAACUUCCCUGAAGAGAAAAACGGUGAGGUGGAAGAGGCAGAGAAAGGAGCAAGAGGAGCAGCAGAAGGAAGAGAAUAAUCCAGAGAAGGACAUGGUCUCUCCAGACGUCAUACUGCUGGUCUGUUAAAGGAAGAUGCAGCACCAAAGCACUCGGAACCCAUGCCAAACUGAGCUUCAAACAUCAGUUCAAAGAAAUACAUGCGCCCCUAUGCUUACUGCAGCACUGUUUACAAUAGCCAAGCUAUGGAAGCAGCCCAGGUGUCCAUUGAGAGAUGACUGGAUCAGAGAGAACCAUGGAGGAGCUGGGAUGAGCUCUGAGCUAGAAGUCGCUCCCACAGGUCCACACAUGAGAUCCCUAUGUUGACCCAUUUCAUGUUCCUCAAGUGCUCAGAGGAUGUUGGAACCAACCUGUUGGCAGACUGUAGGAACUGGGCAGCUAUCUGUGAGUCCAGAGAGAGAAACGGGGGUAACUAAUCAAGCCAUCAAGGAGCAAAGCUGAUUUCAACGACUGAAGCUGCAGAGGAACCAUCUAGCCACCUGAAGAUAGGAAGGCGAUGGAAGUCUCCAAGAAGGGAAAAAUCUGCCUCCCGACCAGCAGAACCUAGCUGGCCUGCAGGUUUAAUGUCGUCCUUGACAUACUGCCUUUUGGGACAUGUGGAGCAGCCAAGAGGACCCCAAGAUGAAGGGUAUAAAGCUUGACCCCAGGUGGGAUCAACACCCCCCUUCCAACCCUAGAUGUCAUCCACAAGGGCAUAUUUGAGACAGAGACUAAAUGCCCAGUUCCCGCCAUCACCACCGUUGACUGGUUUUGUCAAGCAAGUCUCUCUACAUCCUAAAGAAAGAAGCAUAACGAACUACCAUGGAGUCGACCAUCCAGUGAGGGUGUGCAAAUGGUUUCAUGAGGUGUCAGCCUCCAGCAACGGCCUCUCACCCCCCUUUCCUAAUUUGCUGAUUUUCAUCCAUCCAGGACUAAGAAAUUAGAAAGACCCAGAUCAGACAGUCAACGCUGAAGAUCAACAGGAUGACCAAUGCCACAGUCAGAGUCAAGUGAACGUGCAAAGAACUAUCAUAAGACCCAGGGUGUUCUCCAGGCCCACAGGAGGCACGUGUGUCCUCACCACGGCCAUACGUCUCAGCACCCGCAUCUCCCAAUCCUUGUUCCACUGUUCCAGUGAGGUCAGAUGGGACCAGCCAGUGCACAUCAGCAAGUCACCCGCUUGGAGUCCAGGAUGCCCACCUCCCCUUCUCCAGCUCCUACAGAAACUGUUGUUUCUGAUGGAUUUUACAACCAGGUUCUGCAUGGCCGAGACCUACCAUAGCGGCAACCUACCCUUGCAACCAGUCACCGUCUACACAGCUGAGUGCCGUGGGGAUAUGGAGAAGAAGAGAAAGACAGCCUGGUCGGGGAUGAAGGAGGAAUAUGCAAACCACUGACUGGCAUGGAAAGCAGCAUGAAAUCAGUGCCAUUAGAGAGAUUCAAGCGAGAAGCACCAUGAAAUGAGCCGUUAAAUCUGUCUUGGCAAAGGAUCAGGAUUACCUGACCAGAGACCAGGAUCCCUUAUCAAGGAGAACACGACAUUCACAUACGACAUCGCCGCUAAGAAGGAAAUUCACCAGAACCAUCCAGAAUGGAAAGUGUCCCAGGAGACUACAGCAAACGUGUGUAUCAAGGCGUACGAGUGAAGCACACAGUCAAAGAUCUACUGGCAGAAAAACGAUCCAGGCAGACAAGUAACUCAAGAUUCAAUAGCGGUGCCAGCAACCCCCAGUCUCCGUUCACUCAGAUGCCCGGUUCACCGGUAACGUCGGGUUACUACGGGGUCAGAAGAUCGUUCCUCUCUGACUCAGAUUUCCACAACACCAGACAGCUCGCAAACGAGGUCUGCAGCUCAGGCCCAGCGGCCAAGCCCUUUGCCUGCGAGGCCCCCCACGGUCAGAGCCACCCAGGCCUCCUGGAUUCCUACUUCCCGGAGCCCUACGGAGACCACCGGCCCCCCGGCCUGACCCCCAGCACCGGCUCUCUGUUUGGCGCCUCGCCCCUGCCGCCGCUCCUGCCGCCACCCUUCGCCGGGGACCCCAGCACGCACUUUGUGCUUAGGGACUCGUGGGAGCAAACAGUGCCCGAUGGUCUCAGCCAGCCUGACCCCGUGCCCACCGACACCCUGCAGACCCUGUCGCCCAGCGUGAGUUGCCUCUCCCAGCUGGAGUCGGGGAGCACCACCCCGCACAGGAGCUCCAGCUGGGGGGCCCCCCUGGCCGGGGCUCAGCCCUACUCACUGCACGCGCUAGAGGAUCUGUACCACGUGCCGGGGUACCCCACGCCACCCCCCUAUCCCUUCACCCCUCUCGUAACCAUGUCCAACGACCUACCCCACAAGGUGGUGCCCCUCUCCCCGGAUGAGGGGGCAGACACGGCCGGCCUUCAGGACCCUUCUUCAUGGACCAAGGAAGACGGGAGCAUGGCCUGGGGGUCGUACGAAUGCCGUAGAGCUUACUGAGGUGUGUGCCACGGGACUCCGGCCGUGCUGUCCUCUGAGCUGGCUUCUGGAUUUGGCAGAUUGUUUUCAAGGUCUUUCCAGCUCAUUUGGAACUGGAUGUCCAGAACAGGCCAUCAUGACACACUUUGUAGAGGGACCACGGCAUUUAUUCGUGAUCCUCCCUCCCACAGCCCCACUGAGAUACAGCCUCACGUUAAUUCAGGAUAUCAGGGACUAUAUUCUAGUGAGACACAAGGCUACGCGUGUGGCGUUGGAACUGUAGUAACCCAUCACAUUUCCGAAUUUCUGUUACCUUUGAAUAUCAUCAUUAGCACUCAUAUUUUUCUCAAAUUACAUUAAAAAGUUUGUGCAGAUCAUGAAAUAAACUUCAGUUUUUCUUAGUUAUGAAUUAAGUGUGUUCUAUAGUAAGAGAGAAAGCAUAGGACAUAAUACAGAUUAGGGCACAUAUAACAAAACUCAUUUUAUGCC